CGCACUAUAAAAGCGCGUCCCCGCGGCGCCUCUCCUACUUCCCCGGAUCAGAACUGCUGCUGCAUGCCUGAGAGCCUCGGUGCAGAACCAGAACCAGAACAACAUGCUGCGUGUGAGAUGCCUGAGAGGAGGGAGCCGCGGAGCAGAAGCCGCUCAUCUGAUCGGCGCUAUGGUGGGUCGCGCGGUGUCGGGAUGGGUGUCGCGCGCGUUCCGCAGCACCUCGAGUUCCGCCGCCGCGCUCCCGCUCACCGCGGACGAGCCGGUUACCGAGCACACGCCCGAGGACUGCCCCGUGUGCGCGCACAACGAGUGGGACCCUCUCGAGGAGGUGAUUGUAGGGAGAGCUGAGAACGCCUGCGUCCCCCCGUUCACCGUGGAGGUCAAGGCCAACACCUAUGAGAAAUACUGGCCCUUCUACCAGCAGUACGGGGGACAGACAUUCCCGAAGGACCACGUGACGAAAGCAGUUGCUGAAAUCGAGGAAAUGUGCAAUAUUCUCCAGCAUGAGGGAGUUACAGUGAGACGACCGGAACCCAUCGACUGGUCAGUGGAGUAUAAAACCCCGGACUUCACCUCCACCGGCAUGUACGCAGCGAUGCCGAGAGAUAUCCUGAUCGUGGUGGGGAACGAGAUCAUCGAGGCCCCGAUGGCCUGGAGGGCCCGGUUCUUCGAGUACCGAGCGUAUCGGCCCCUCAUUAAAGAGUACUUCAGGCGAGGAGCCAAGUGGACCACUGCGCCCAAACCCACCAUGAGUGACGAGCUGUACGAUCAGGAUUACCCCAUCCGCACCGUGGAGGACAGACAUAAGCUGGCUGCUCAGGGGAAGUUUGUCACCACUGAGUUCGAGCCGUGUUUCGACGCUGCAGACUUCAUCAGGGCCGGCACUGAUAUCUUUGUACAGAGGAGUCAGGUUACAAACUUCACGGGCAUCGAGUGGAUGAGACGUCACCUCGCUCCCACCUACAAGGUCCACAUCAUCUCCUUCAAAGACCCAAACCCCAUGCACAUCGACGCCACAUUUAACAUCAUCGGCCCGGGGCUGGUGCUGUCCAACCCGGAUCGGCCCUGCAGGCAGAUCGAGAUGUUCAAGAAGGCCGGCUGGACUGUGGUGACUCCUCCAACUCCUCUUAUUCCAGACAAUCACCCGCUGUGGAUGUCGUCCAAAUGGCUCUCGAUGAACGUGUUGAUGCUGGAUGAGAAGCGCGUGAUGGUGGACGCUAACGAGAUGACCAUACAGAAGAUGUUUGAGAGUCUCGGCAUUCAGACCAUUAAAGUCAGCAUCCGGCACGCUAACUCGCUGGGAGGAGGCUUUCACUGCUGGACGACGGAUGUGCGCCGCCGCGGGACGCUCCAGUCCUACUUCCUCUAGCCUGCCAGAGACACGCAGUUCUUAUUGAGCUCAGAUUUCAGCAUGGUUUGAUAGCGCUGUGCAUGUCAGGGCUUUUGCAAACGCCACAGAUGAAGUUGAUGAAUAGAAACCUCAGUGAUCUCAAUAACAACUGCAUUUCUGGCCGGCUGUUGUAGGAAUGACUCCAGUGAAGCAGACAGAGCCCUCCCCCCCACGCCACCACGACCACAGAACAAGAGUUUCUACCUCCUAUUUACCAAAACCACAAAAAAACAUAGCGUAUUUUGAAUUGUAAUGACUUCUUAUAUAAUGCAUUUGAAUUAUAUAUCUUCUUCUUUUUUUUUUUUACCCUACAUGUGAUGUGCCAAGUGUUGAUUUGUAAACUCAGGAAUUUUUGUAGCCAUACUUCAGCUAUUUUGUAAGCAUUUCAUAAAAAUGUAAAUAUCAAUAUGCAUAUGCAUUUCAGCAGCAUAUACUUUCCCUUCACAAAAGUGUGUUUCUAGCAUCUGCCUCUGAUGUCAUUCUCAAUAGCAGGAGUCAGGACGCUGUGCGCUGCUUUCACGGAACGUUUGGCUGAUUAUUCGCGCUGCGCUUGUGCUGUGAUUCUCUAGUUAAACUUAUUGAGUGCGAUUGCUCUUUAUCAACACAUGAUUCUGUGUCAGGUCAAACCAAUCAAAUAAAGAUACACUUGGAAAUCAGCGUGACUUAGUUUUGCAUUUGCGCUUUAUGAAACUUCACGAUCAAAAGAACAAAGCAGUAGUUCAGAAGUGAACCUCAACACUUGUGUGCCGCAGAGCAGCUCCUUCUCCUGACGAGAUAACUAGCAGGUUUCUUACGGUUUAAUCCUCUCAAUGCACUGACAACAUUUUUAAAAUUAGUGAUGAAGGCUGAUUGAAAAGUGAGCUUAUUGAUCUGCAAAUCUGAUUCAUUCACAUGUGUGUGUGUGUGUUAAUCAUUGACCGUCUGAUAACAGCAGAUUCACUUCACCAAACCAUAC